GGAGUGACUGAGCUUGCAUUGCCAUGGUGUGGCAGCCGCGGGGAGAGCAAUGGAGGCUGCUUGAGAGACAGGCUGGGCGGCUGCUGCUGCAUCCAUCGCAAAAGGAAACCACCCCACACUACAUCGCUGCUCACCAAACGGAGGAGUGAAAGAGUUGGGAAGAACAUCACUGGCAAUGCACCUUACUUUCUGAUAUUUGUUACUAAAGAAAGCUCCCAGUUCCAGAAGAGACUCUAAUAGGAGUAUAUAACAACAAUACUCGGCUUAAGAAAGUAACAUUUGACAAAGCCAUGGCUACAGAUGAAAGGGACACUAAACAGAAUGUUCAGGCUGAGGUACUGGGUACUGAUGCUUCAGAGAAGAUCAAGUCUGGAGGUUUUCUGACUACAUCUGAAAUUGUAGGGAUGAUCAAUUUGUUUAAGAAACCUUACAAGAAAAGGGCAGGCAAAUUCCAGCCUUUCAAGAAGUUUUUUGGUAAAAGGAAAAAGAGAGACGCAACAUCAGACUGUGAGGAAGCCAAAUUGAAACCCAGCCACUCUUUCGGGAAUGUAUGCAAUGGCCUCUCUUCAGAUGAAGAAACAAACAAUGGUUUGAGGUCCUCCAACUAUACUAUGGGCACUCGAGCCUUUUCCCAUGACAGUAUUUUUAUACCUGAUGGGCAAGCAGAGUGUGAGCAGGCAGUCCAAGCAAUGUCACAGGACAAAAUCCUAGGCAAAGUCAAAACCCUUCAGCAACAGUUGUCCAAGACUAUUAAAUUUGGACAACCACCACAAAUGACCAUUUCUGAGAGGACAAUGGAGGAGGCAAAUGCUAGUUUAGAAGAGGACUUAUUACUCAGUAGCCCCAUGGAGAUUGAGACUCAACAGGACACAGUGCUCUCAGACAGUGAUAAUAAAUUAAGUGACACGCCGGAUUCAUUAAGCCCUAUGCGUGUGCCUGGGACAGAACAUGAAGUAGAGAAGAAGGUCACUCCAGUCAAAUCGUCUCGGUCAAAAAGACACAUUUCCUCUGGUGGCACAAUUGAAUCGAUCAAUCUUGAUGCGGUCCCCCGGGCAGUCGCUCGUCUGGACAACAGUGCGGCUAAGCACAAGCUCUCCAUAAAGCCAAAAAAACAGAGGCUGUCAAGAAAACACAGAAGUUUAACAAAGGAUUCACAAAGCAUAACAGCUACAGAGUUUGAGCAAGAAAACCCAGAAACCCACCAGUACAGAGAGACAUACCCAGAUGACAAUGGACUAAUUGGCACAGCUAAGCCAACCCAGAACAAAGCGGGGCAAAAGCAGCUUGAGUUUGCAGAUGAGAAAAGAAAGCAAGAAAAUCACUGGAGAAUGCUUGAGGCAAAAGAGAAAAGACAAAUGGCAGAAGCAGAGGAAAAACAUCUGGAAGAACAAAGAUGCCAGGAAGUUGAAGAGAUGCAAAGUGAACAGGAGAGAAGGCGUUGUGAGGAAGAGAAAAGGCAGCAUCUCCUUGAGGAGGAGAAACAUUUGAAAAGAAAAGAGCAGAGGCACCAGGAGGAGAAGAAAAGACAACAAGAAGAACGGAGACGACAGGAACUGGAGGAGCAGAAAAGACUGGAAGAAAUGAGACGACAGGAACUGGAGGAGCAGAAAAGACUGGAAGAAAUGAGACGACAGGAACUGGAGGAGCAGAAGAGACUGGAAGAAAUGAGACGACAGGAACUGGAGGAGCAGAAGAGACUGGAAGAAAUGAGACGACAGGAACUGGAGGAGCAGAAGAGACUGGAAGAAAUGAGACGACUGGAACUGGAAGAGCAGAAGAGACUGGAAGAACGGAGACGAGUGGAACUGGAGGAGCAGAAAAUAAAAGAACUGGAAGAACAAAGGUGUCAUGAGAUUGAAAAACAGCAUCAGGAGGAACAAAAAAGACACGAAUUGGAAGAACAGAGACAAGAAUUUGAGAAAAGGCAUCUUCAGGCUGAACAGAAGCUGCAGCAGGAGGAAGAAGCUAAGAGACUGGAAGAACAAAGCCAGCAUCAGAAGGAAAAAAAGAAGAGACGAGAAGAACAAACUCUACUAAAACUGGAGAAGCAAAAGAGACAAGAAGAACAAACUCUACUAAAACUGGAGAAGCAAAAGAGACAAGAAGAACAAAGAAGACAUGAACCAGCAGAACAAACGCACCUGGAGAGUGAAGAGAGAGAACAACAGGGGAAAUUUAAAAUAAGGCAAGAGGAAUUAAAUGAACAAGAACUGAAAGAACAGACAGAAAUACAUGUGGAUGGACAACAGCAUCUGGAAAAGCAAAAAGAACAAGAGCAAGCCAUAAGACAGCAACAGGUCAAAGAAGAAGUGAGUUCUGUGGAUGCUGGUAGGGAAUCCAUGGAGAAGCAGCUUCAAGAAGAAUCAAACCAACAAAAAACAAAACAAUCACAGAAAGGGAAAGAAACAGUGCAAGAAAAGCUAACACCAAAGCAGAAGAGAGAAGUUGAAGCUCAGGAGCAGAAGAUAGGUGAAGAACUAAGAUGGCAGGAAGUAGAUGAAAGGCAGGCUAUGCACAGACCAUUCACAUUUCAAGUGUCAUCGGGAGAGAAACAGAUCAUAUUUCAGAAAGUGAAUUUGAGCCCUGUUACUCCUGUCAAAGAGGCAGCACACCAUUCUGCCCUCAAAGAAUCCAAGACCCACAAAUUUAGCAAAGGUUCUACUGCACUUCCCUACUCUUUGAGUGUCCCACACACAGCUAUUUUGGUUACUGGAGCACAGCUUUGUGGCACUGCCGUAAACCUGAAUCAGAUCAAAGAUACAGCUUGUAAAUCUUUACUUGGUUUGACAGAAGAAAGAAAAAACCUGGAUAUUCCCCCACCAGAAAACACCCAGAAAACUACUCUUGAUCCCAAAUCUAGCUGCAGUAAAAUGAAGUAUACACAGGAGACAUUGAACAACCAGGACAUAUUAGCUGAAUGGGCUUCUAUUAGAUCUAGAAUGCUAAAGAGUGCAGAAAACAACAAGCUAAAUGAAAAAGACCGAGUAAGUGUCUGUAGAUACAGUGAUGACUGGACACCCAAAGGACAUGGUGCUUCCCAUGGCAAUUUAAGGAAAACCCUUUCUGCAAACGCAAAAUUUUCCAUAACACCAGCAUGGCAGAAAUUUUCAGAAACCUCAAAAGCCAGUGCAGAUGCUGAGAGUGCAAGUGGUGCAGAAGGUACUGAACCAGAGAACACAAGAAAAAAGACAGAUUCAUCCAAUGAUGCAAAUGAUGAUGUGGCUGCUCACAAUGAGACUCCAGCUUGUAAAGAUAAUGCAACUGAAAUGGCUACAAAGAGGGAAACACACCUUGAAAUGGCAAACAACACAGAAGGCUAUAAGUUUGCCAAAGAUCUUCCAUCUUUCCUUGUUCCAAGCCUCUCUCAUUCUCCAGGAAAAGAACUGCCCCAAUCAGAAUCUCCAGCUACUUUGGAAAGUCAGCAGAACACUGGUACAAGAAAACUGGAUAAAACAGCACCACGUGAAGAAGAAAAUGUUUCUCCAUUUGGGAUAAAGUUAAGAAGGACAAAUUACUCCUUGCGUUUCCACUACGAUCAACAGGAGGAGCAAAAGAAAAAGAAAAGAUACAGUGCAGGAGAUAGUUUUGAUGGUGUACCUGCCCCACUAGUUACAACAGAAAGUGGAAAAGAAACCAUUAAUACCGCUCUAAAAGACAGUAUAUCCCCUAGCCUAGAGAGAAGGGAUGCCACUGUUAAUGUUUUAAAAGACUCUUCAAAUAAUGUUUCGGAGAACUCAGACACAACAGUUACACUGUUAUUCCCAUCGACCAACAGCCAGAUUCCGUUACCUAGUCAUGAGAAACCUGUGUGUAAAUCAUCACUCCAACAGAAACCUGCAUUAGCUCCAAAGCCCACAAACCAGACCCCGCCAUCCUCUCCUCUUUCUAAAAUGAAGAGAUCAAACUUAGCUGACAUGUUAGGUCAAAGGGCGGCUAAACCUGAGUUAGACACCACCUGGAAAAAAGAAGACAGUAAAGUGAACGUGGUGCACUCGCCAGCACAGAAUGAGAACAAAAAUGAAGAGGAAGAAACCAGAGAAAAGAAGUCAUUUUUCCCAUCUAUCACCAUGCCAUGGAGAGAGAAAGCUGACAAAAAGCCUGAGCCACUGAAAAAAGAAAAGCCAGUUCUCCAGAGCAGGCAUUCUUUAGAUGGCUCCAAAUUGAUGGAAAAAGUUGAAUCUGCACAACCGCUGUGGAUUACAUUAGCACUACAAAAGCAAAAGGGAUUUCGUGAGCAGCAAGCUACCAGAGAGGAGAGGAGACAAGCCAGAGAGGCAAAGCAGGCUGAGAAGCUCGCUAAAGAUAAUGCUGCUGUAAGCAAUCAGUCAGAUAAUAAAGGCAGCAAUAUCAGCAAAACAAGUGUAUUGCAGAAACCUACACCUCAGGAAGACGAGAAGAAAAUUGAGAUGGCUGUGUCAAGACUAGAACGCAGAGAGCAGCUCAAAAAGUCCAAUACUCUUCCUACUUCUGUGACAGUGGAGAUUUCAGAUUCUGUUCCAUCAACUCCAUUAGCAAAAGAAGUUACGAAGAGAUUCUCUACUCCUGAUGCUAACCCUGUGUCAACAGAACCAGCCUGGCUGGCCCUAGCCAAGAGGAAAGCAAAAGCCUGGAGUGACUGUCCGCAGAUUAUUAAGUAAACUGUAACCUUUUUGCUCUUUACAUUUGUUUCUUAGUUGUUUUCUCCUUUUUAUUGAUUCAGCUUUUUACACAUGACAAAAUAAACUGAACAAAAUUUAAAUGCAUUUCCUGAAGGAUUAAAAACCUAACUGAUCACCAUUUCGCUCUAGCUCACUAUAGUGUGUGCUCACAUCAUAGAUCCUUUUGCUUUGAAAAACUAGGUAGAGAGUGGGCCCAGGCAUACAGUUCAGAUCCAAUUUCUCAAAAUUCAGGGCUGCUCAAAUGAGAGAUUUUAGUUUUGCCCAGUAUAAAAAAAAGAGAGGCCAAAACUUCAGAUCAAAAGCUCUUUAAAAUUUUGUUAGCAUUUGAGUCUGAGGUUUUUGGAUCUCUAUUCUCCAUGCAGACAACGAAUACAAGCCACUCUAAUACAAAAAAUGAAUGUGCCCUCGUCUUAGCCCCAGUGGUCGCUUUUGAACUCAAGGUUUGAUGCAGUUUAUUUGCAAUUUGAAAACCUCUCCAAGGCAUUUUGGGAGACUUCUUCCCACCUGCAAAUGAAGUGGUAGCAUCCAGGCAUUAUUGUCUUUCAUGCUGGGGGACUCAACACAAUCGCUGUACCUCCCUCCUCAAAAAGAGGGAAUGAUCUGCCCAUCAUUCUAGUUAACAUAUUCAUAGGGCAACCAAACAAAAAGUCAUGGAGCAGGGAUCCAAAGGGUUUCUCCUGUUCACUCAGAGGCAAUGUCAAUUAUUAGAUUGCAAGUGUGCUCUGAGCACAUGGAUGCCUAGGAUCCUAUUCCUACAAAUAUCUGUGUCCAUGAGUAGCUUUACAUACCUAAGGAGUCUCCUUGAGUUCAAAGGGACUGCUGACACGUUUAAAGUUAUUCAUGUGUAAAUAUUUGCAGGUUUGGGGCCUAAAAGCUUAAAAUCAGAAAACCAAGACCCUGGGAUCCUCAUGACGAGGUGGUAACUUAAAAACUUAUUUAAAAUUCAGUUUCCUGAACAGAGAAUAAAAUGGGUUCUGACUUCUAAUUCUUGCUAAGGUUGUUCCCUGAGUGACUUUAGUAUAAGGAAGGUAAACGAUUUGUCUGGACAACCCAGCUGUAAAAUUGAGUAAAAAAUUUACUUCCUGGGGGGUGGGAGGAAGCAGUUGUUGCAGCUGAACUUUAUUAAAAAAAAAAAGUGUUCUCCAUGCAGUUAAAGAUUAAAAAACAUUUCCACUUUUUUUUUAAAGUAGUCUUUAAAAUGUAAUAAAAAAUAUUAGCAUCCUUAAGUUUUCUACCCAGGAAGUUAUGCUUUUUUUUAAAAAAUGGCUUUUUACACAUAGUAAGUACAUCAACUAAAAGCAAGCUUCAUCUUCCUAAAAAAAAUUCCUGUGUUUUCAAUGAACUUUGCAUAUUGCUGCAAAUCCUCCCCUGUUUAAACAUGUGUUUUCUUGUGAGUCAUAAGCUAAGUCUACAGCAUUUUAAGAGGAGGCAUUUCAAUAAGAAGCGAGGAGAAAUUGCAUUACUACAGCAUAAUGUAUCUGAUAACUUCAUAUUAUUACUUUUCUUUAGCCAAAUUGCUGUACAUCACACAAGGAGGGGAACACAGUGUAAAUAAAGCAGAAAACAAUGAACCCUGUACUGUCCUCCUUGUUCUAAGAACUGAAAAAAAGCUAGUCAGCAAAAGUUGUUAUUGAAUAGACUGCAUCCUAUGUAGGAAACAAAGGUUAAGCAGCACAGUUAAAAUAGCACAAACACAAAAGACACAUGAGCUUCAAUAGAGGUGCAGCUCAAAAUAGGUUUGUUCUUGUGGCUCUUGCACAAUCAGUGUUCCACUCUCUUUCAUAUUUAAACUAGAACGUUUAAAAUCUUGACCCUUGUUCCUAACACAUUAAGUAUUUAAAAUUUUUAUACACAGAGGGACAAGUGAGCUCUCUGGUACCUGCACACAACUCCUAUGGACUUCAAUGGGAGCUCUGUGAGAUUAGCUGAAGGGGGGAUUUGGCCCAUAAUAUUUGUGUGUUUAAUUAGUCCAUAAAGUAGCACUUAAUGUACAUUUAUACCAUAUCUGGGUUUUGAAGUGUGCAAAAGAGUUGUUCUUGUAAUUAUAACUCUAAACUGCUUGAAAUCCAUCACCAGGAUUUUGGAUGCAGGCGGUGGUGGUGGUGGUGGGAGGGGGUCAGGAAGGAGAUGCAGGAGGUUGGUGGGAGCAGGAGAACAGGCCAACCACAAAGGUAGAGAAAAAAAAUAGUCAGGAUCAAAGAAAUGAAAAGCAUGUUUAAUGAUUUAUAGAGCAAAAAGUAGGUGCUAUUGUGCAUGACAAAAUGAACUGACCUACCAAAACAACACUAGACACAUUUAUAGCACACAAACAGUUUGAAUUGAUUAAGGAUGGUUGUAAUCUAAAGUUUCAAAGCAGAGUCUUUACAAGUGUAGGGUAUCUAGUAUACUAAAAACUGCACUCAGUAUGUACAGUACUUGCUUGGAAAUACUUCUAAAGUCUACAUGUUCAACACUGACAUUUCAUGUAACAUCAAUACAGAAAUUUGCACUAAACACCUGUGAAUUGUUACUUUGCUUUAGCUUUGUUGUGUCUUCUGAACAAAUUGUCAGAAUUCUGUAAAGUAAAAAAUUGUUACUACUGAAUUUAUUCAAAGCAGCAAAAAUGUUUUAAAAACUGAAUAAACCACUAUGUAGAAGGUCUCAAUUUUUUUGUAAUUUAUAAACACAAAAUACCAUUUCUUCUGAACAGGUUAUAUAUGAUUAACCUCAAUGUUCAAUGUACAAAAUUAAUAAUUGUGAGGUUUUUGUUUUCUGUACUUUUUUAAUUUUUCAAAUGUUUUAAAGUGCAAUUGUUUCUUAUACUAAUGUCAUUUUAAUUCCUAUAAAAUUAUAAUCCAGUCAAAAUGAUCAGAUGAUGUAUGCAUUCACGGUCUCCUUCUGUUAAUGGUACAGAUCAGAUUUAUUUAUAAAUAGAAUUUUUAGUGCUACAAGUGUCAUGCUAUGUGUUUUUAUCAACAAUAAAAUUGUGUAACAAGACCUAUGAUGAAGAGAUACAUUAGUUAAUUUCUAUUUUAUUUUCAUAUUUUGGUGGUCAGAUUUUAAUGUAAAUGGUCCCAUUAUUGGAAAAAGUUGUUCUAUUUCAAUAAAAAAAAAUCUACAACU